AUGAGCACUGGCGCUGUCGUGGCGGCAGCCGUCGUGCCUCUCUGCAUUCUUUCAUUACUGCUUGGCAUCUGCGUUUUCUUCUCGCUGCGGGAGGUCCGAAAGAUGCUUCGGUUGGUGUAUCCAAGCGCCGGGUUUGAGAAGGUGAAGAAGGAGAAUACAGAGGACUGGAGUAGGGAGGGAAGUAGGAUCAAGUUAAGGAACGAGCGAUUCCACAGCGAGAGGCCGAGGAGCGUUGAGCGAGAUGCUUACGAUGGCCAACAUGAUGAGCGUGAGGUUGAGAAGGAGCUGGUUUACAGGAGGCAAGCCGUGCAUGCAGAUGUGCGGCAGGCCAAGGGACAGGGUACGCGCCCAUGCCGAUGA